AAUUUAAUAGGAAGAUUAGAUAUUUCAUACAAAGUUACAGUUUCCUAAUUUAAUUUUAUUACUUUCAGUUUCGUUUUAAGUGUCAACGGUAGUCGUUUAUCGUGAGAGAAUAUUGUGCCAAUUAAAUAAAUGUAAAUUGGUCCGUUAUUAUGGCGAAACCGUACCUUCUAAUUCUCUUACUGCAAAUAUUAAUAUCUUUGUCAAAUGGCCAGUCGGAUGGACAUUGCAUAUGGUACGGUGAAUGUUAUUUGGCUGGAUCGAGCUCAAAGAAUUGUGUUUACGAUGGUACUGCUUUACCGCUGAAUGAUGAAGGAGCUGAGGAUAUUAUGCUGGAAUUAUGUCCACACAUUUAUAAAUCCAGAUCAGAUCUGCUUUGCUGCGAUGCUGUACAGGUACGAAAAAUUUCGGCGAAUUUUCAACAAGCCGAAGGCAUUUUCGGUCGGUGCAAAUCAUGCAUGAAAAACAUGAUAAAAAGCAUAUGUUCAGUGAGUUGUGCACCUGACCACAGUCGAUAUGUGACUCCAACAGAAGUGUUAACCAGUUGGGAUGGAAGAGAUUAUAUCAAUUCGGUAGAAAUAGUCAUGGACGAAACAUAUGCAAACAAUACGUAUUACAGUUGUAGUACGGUCAUACAUCCAGCGAGUGGAAGACUGUCUAUGGACGUAGCAUGUAGUGGAAUUUACAAUUCGAAGACAUGCACACCUGAAAGAUGGUACCACUUUCUAGGCGAUGUAGCGAAUCCAUUAGUGCCGUUCCAAAUGUCUUACAAAUUUUCACAAACAGAUGAGAAUCGAUUCAAGGAGGAAACGAAAUCGUGCCACGAAGCUUACGAAGGAGACUAUCCAUGUUCGUGCAUUGAUUGUAGCCAAUCAUGUCCGGUCGGUAAUGCACCCGUCGAAGAUUCAGCACCAACAAUCGGUGGACUGAAUGUUAUAACAUUUUCCAUUGGUAUUGUUUUGGGCGCAAUUGGGGUAGCAGCAGUGCUAGUGAAAACGUGCUGUCUCACGCACAAAGAAAGUGUCCUUCCACAAUGGUUUGGUGGAUUUAACGGAAUCAAUUUAUCUUACACGAAUUUCUUCAAACAAUGGGGAAUCGUGUGUGCUGAACAUCCUGUUCUAGUCCUAGCCAUAUUUUCAUGGAUCAUUGCUGGAUUAGCUUUUGGAAUCCGAAAUCUGGUUAUUAUUACGGAUCCUGCAGACUUGUGGGCAUCUCCGACGAGUGAUGUCCGAAUCGAAAAAGAUUAUUUUGAUAGCCGAUUCGGACCAUUUUAUCGAACGAAUCAGAUCUUCAUUAAGCCCACCAACACACAGCAUAUCGAAUAUGAAAUCAAUUCGGAAGUUCACACAUACGGACCGGCUUUCAACUACGAAUUUUUAUUGGAAGUAUUUCGGCUGGAGAUGUCUGUUCAGAAUAUUGGGCAGGAUGAGGGCGCCGGAUUAGAACACAUAUGUUAUACACCUUUACUGCCCAGUGAUACGGAGCCACAGAUAAAAGACUGUCUCGUUCAAUCUCUGUUCGGGUACUAUAGAAACAAUUUCGAAUCGUUUUAUCUGAACUACUCUUACAAUGGAAACAACUUCAAUUAUUUGAACACUAUGGACGCAUGCAUCAAUAAUCCGUACGAUACUAACAAUUGUAUGGCAUUGUAUGGUGGUCCGAUUGAACCGAAAAUUGCACUUGGCGGAUACCCGGAACCCGAAGAAGGGGAACUACCGAACUACCGUUUAGCGACAGGAGUUAUUCUAACAUUUUUAGUUAACAAUAAGAUUGAUAAAUCAGAAUUGGCUCCGGCUUUAGAGUGGGAACGGAAGUUUAUCGACCUUUUAAAGAAUUAUUCAUCACUCGAAAUGGAAUUUGCAUUCUCGGCCGAACGGUCCAUCGAGGAUGGUAUCGAAGAAAUAUCCCAGGCUGAAAUUCCCACGGUUGUCGUCAGUUAUGUCGUGAUGUUUAUCUAUAUUGCCAUUGCAUUGGGAAAGAUCAGGAGUUGUCGGUAUUUAAUGAUCGAAACAAAAAUCACUUUGGCUACAGGAGGCAUUUUUGUGGUAUUAGCAUCAGUUGCGUGCAGUCUGGGAUUCUUUGGGUAUUUGGGAAUUUCGACGACAAUGUUAACAAUUGAAGUAAUUCCAUUCUUAGUUCUUGCUGUCGGAGUGGACAAUAUUUUCAUGUUGGUGCACGCAUUCGAUCGUAUAGAUCGUAUAAAAUACUCAAAUUCGUCGCAACGAAUCGGUGAAGCACUAGGAACAAUUGGACCGUCCAUAUUACUCACAUCUUUGUCGGAGUGCUGUUGUUUUGGAAUUGGCUCGCUAUCAAAUAUGCCAGCAGUGAAGACAUUCGCGUUGUACUCAACAGUCGCAAUCUUUCUGAAUUUCAUUUUUCAAAUCACAGUUUUUGUUGCCCUCAUGAGUCUGGACCAGAAACGAUUCGAGCAAAAUCGAUUCGACUUACUGUGGUGCAUAAAAGUUCAUCGGAAUAAGAAAGUGGACGGUUCGUCGAACAGCAUAUUGCAUUAUCUGUUCGAAAACUAUUAUACUCCGUUCAUACUUUCGAAGAAGAUGCGACCAUUAAUUUUGAUUACGUUCAUCGUGAUCACCAGCUUAUCGAUAAUGGUGAUUCCAUCAAUUGAGCCCGGUUUGGAUCAGCAAUUGUCCAUGGCUAAGGAUUCGCACAUCGUCAAAUACUUUCAGUUUAUGGGUGAAAUGCUGAUGAGUGGUGCCCCAGUUUAUUGGGUAUUAGGACCUGGCCUAAGUUUCUACAAUGCUACUGAUCAAAAUAUCAUUUGCGGUAGUACUGGAUGCAAUAAUGAUUCAUUAUCCACGCAACUGUAUCUAGCAUCUAAUUUUGAGAAAAUAACUCGCAUUGCAACACCAGCCAAUUCAUGGAUCGACGACUACACUGAUUGGCUAACAAUAGGUUCGUGCUGCAAGAUGUUCGCAAAUGGUACCUACUGCCCAAGUAGUGACCUGUACAAUGGUUGCAUAGAGUGUCCGAAGACUUUCAUCGAAGAUAGCCAACGUCCGACACGGGAAACGUUCGAUAAAUAUUUAACAUUCUUCCUCACGGAUAAGCCUAAUGAAAAUUGUGCGAAGUCUGGUAAGGGUUCGUACAGCGAAGGACUGUCUUACGUAUAUGACGAUAACGGUGACAUUCAUGUUCGUGAUUCGUACUUCAUGAGCUAUCAUACAGCAUCAACUGGAUCGAAAGACUUUUACACAUCACUGCGGCAGGCAAAAAGAAUAGCAACCAAUGUGAAACAAAUGCUUGCCGACAAUGGACACCCGGAUGUGGUAUUUUUCCCAUAUAGUGUCUACUAUCUGUAUUACGAGCAAUAUCUCAACAUCUGGAAUGACACAUUCUUUUCGUUAGGACUGUCACUAGCGGCCACAUUUCUGGUUACUUUUCUUUUCACUGGACUGGACAUUGCAUCAGCAGUCAUAGUAUUUACAUUCGUGACAAUGAUUGUUGUCAAUAUGGGAGGAGUGAUGUGGUUGUGGGGUAUUACUCUCAAUGCAAUAUCACUCGUGAAUUUGGUGGUCGCUGUGGGCAUUGGCGUUGAAUUCAUAUCACAUACUGUACGGUCAUAUUCAACCAUUAAGGGGACGAAACUUUUCCGUGCGAGUGAAUCUCUUUCGGUAACUGGAAGUAGUGUCCUAUCUGGAAUCACAUUAACCAAAGUGGCCGGUAUUGUCGUGCUGGCAUUCGCCAAAUCACAGAUAUUUCAAAUAUUUUACUUCCGUAUGUAUUUGAGCAUUAUUUUAAUCGGCGCAACGCAUGGACUUAUUCUAUUGCCGGUUGUUCUAUCACUGAUUGGUCCUCCAUACAAGAAGAGAUCAAAUUGAGGGUGGAGUUAGAGUAGUUUCGGCCUUUAUUUAUUGUAACAUUUUUUUAUAUAUAUUUUUUGAUUAAAAUUCUUCUAAAAUUGA